AUGGGCGCGGAAGAGUCUGAAGGGAAGGGAAGUGGACGGAGGGAGAUGGAAGGGGCGGGGUUAACGCUGCCGCCUAGCCGUCUCAAAAACCUCCGGAGCGCCGCUGACGACCAACAGCUGAAGGAUAUAUUGGAUAAUGUCAGAUCUACGAAGUCUUCUGUGCGUUCUAUUCCCUCCUUUCCAAUGCAUGUUCCGACGUUUUCUUCAUUCUGAAUUGCUUACAAGCUGAAGAAAUCUAUUUCGAAUGCAACAUGUCGGCUUCCGCGAAACGGGCGUGCAGGCCGUUAUUAAUUAUGGAGCUUCGUGGUACGAUACAACGCCCAUAACUCAAUGUUUAUGCUCUAUUUCCGGUUUAGUUUAUAGUUUUUUUGUCUAAGAAUCAAUAUAGCGACAGAUAUGCUUUUGAUUAGCAACUAACGCGACGGAAUUUUUUGAGUACCUCUACUAUUAUACCUUCAGGAAAGUUUCAAAGCAUCUUAAUUAUAAGAGAUUUAUGAAUCAAGAAAUUUAGUUUACGUAUGAAUGAGAUUAUCAUCGUGAAUUUUUCUGUAGCAUGUUAAAUAUUUAAGCCACUCAAUAAUUUUUUUUUUGGAUGCAUCAUGUUCCUGUCAUUCUAAUUUUUCAACUUAUUUCUAACUAAUGUCGGACAGUUUACUUAUGUCACGUCCUUUGAUGUGUGGGCCAACUUCUGCUUUAUCAUCUCGAUAACAAAUGGAUGCUGCACAAGUUCAAACAUUUAAUAAGACAUUGCUAUAUUUCUAUCUUGUGAAUUCUGACAUGAUUUUUUUUCGUUAGGUUGAUUCAUUUAAAAAUUUGAGGAAUUUUUUUUUUUGGGAGAUUCUGAUAAAUAUUUAUAAUUUGAAUGGCCGAAGUGAAAUCUCUGAAAUUUGGGAGAAAGAUAUCUGAUAUGUGGCUUCGAAAUUCAAGGCGAGCCAACUGACCACUUCCCCUCCGACCCUCCUUCACCUCCCCUCUCCCUCUCUCUCUGAAUCAUAGACACACACACACUACAUAGAACUGUAACUAAGUGUUGGGUAAUCAAAGAAACUGUAUGAAAAAAUGUGAUGAUGAGAUAUAUUCGUGGAGUUGGCUAUUCCACAUUUUCUUUUGUUUUUCAGUGAAAAGUAACCAGAAGUGUUGGGUACAACUAGAGGUUUUCUGGGCUUCACCGUGGAUGAGAUCAGGCUGGUUGAGGGUGCAACACAAUUACCAAUAAUUAAAAUGUCUGCAGAAGAGAAGAUCUGGUGGUAAACAGGUAGCAUCCAUUUAGGUCAUCUCGCAUACCUUAUUUCAGGUCAAAUUGCGGGGGUGAGAGAGGGGUUGAAUGGGAAGAUUUUACUGUCAGCAGCAGCAUCACGUACUUCCUUUCACCAAAUUGGGUCAGCUAGGUUAUCUCCAUUGGUUGCUGAUUGCCUAGGACCUAUUAUUAUUAUUAUUAUUAUUCGAGGGAAUCCCUUGGUUACAUUAAUAACGAAAAAGGAAUAUUGUCAUCCUUCUCUGUGAAAAUGGGUGCAGAGUGGAGAGAGGCUUUUCUACUUCAGACACAGUAAUGUACGGAUGGAUAUGCAACAUCAUGUGCAAUGCAAGUUAUAUGGUGUAACUUUUAGAUGGAUCUGUAAGCUUCGAGAAAGAGUUGGUGGAUUCUGAUGCUAGUUUUAUCGAAGACAGUUAUUGGUUGUAGCAACAUAAAAGAGAGAGCCUACAAGUUCUUUUGCUGUAGCGUUUAGUCACUUGCAAGAAAUGUAGUUUUUUAUUAAUCAAUUAAUUAAAAUCAUAUUAAUAAUUUUUUUAAAAAAAACGCCAGUAGAUUCAUGCACAAAUAUCCUUGAAGAAUCUCAAGUGCUCUCUCUACCAGUUCUUGAUGAUGAUUUCUGCUUACCAAUUUCUAUAUCCUGCUUGGUGAUAAUCUCGAAAUAGAUAUCCUUCCUUCAGCAUGAUUAAUACCAUCAACCAUACAAAGGGUCUGUUCUUGCACUGGAUAGCGUUGAUGCUCAGGCCCUGUAGGUUCCUCUUCAUUGCAGGUGUCGGGUCUGCAGCCAAAUCCUCCCCGCUUUCUGCCAGCUCAGCGACAGCUUCCCAAAGCUCUCAUUCAUAUAUGCAGACAUUGACGAGUGCCCUGAGACAACCCAACAGAUUCGGUACACCCCAACUUUCCACUUCUUCCGAGAUGGCGAGAGGGUCGAUGAGAUGCUGGGCGCCGGGGAGGAGAGGCUGCGAGAUCGUCUGUGGCUGCAUUCUUAG